AUGACCCGGGUAAAUGAGAAGCAUGCAAAAGACAAGAAAAAGCGCGUCAUUUCAUAUAAAGGCACAGAUUUAGAGCAAGCAUUAUUUGAAAUACGUCAAAAUAAACUACCAAUCAGAGCAGCAGCAAGAAGAUUUAAUGUUCCAAGGACGACUCUUCAGGACCGUAUUCACAAUAGAACAUCAGAUAACCUAGGGAAAUUUGGUCCUUGUCCUGUGCUGUCUGCAGAAGAAGAAAAUAAGCUAAAAAACUGGCUUGUAAAUUUAGCAAAAUGUGGCUUUCCACAAACUUGUGAAAACCUAUUAAAAACGGUCCAAGACAUUCUGCAAGAAGACGGUCGCAAAACUCCUUUCAAAGACAAUAAACCGGGUAAGAAAUGGUACUAUGGCUUUAUGCGACGCCAUCCCGAUCUAAGCCUACGAACUGCUGAAUCUGUUUCCAAAAGCCGUGCACAAAUAACAGAAGAAGGUAUACGAAAAUGGUUUAGAGAGCUGAAGGAAUAUUUGACAGAAGAGAAUGCCUUAGAUAUUCUUGAGGAAUCUUCUAGAAUUUUUAACGCCGAUGAGACGGGAUUUAGUAUGGCUCCAAAAACGGGAAAUGUCAUUGCCCCAAAAGGAAUCAAAAAUCUUUACGAAAUCAAGGCAUCGAAUGAAAAAGAGAACAUAACUGUUCUGAUGACGUUUUCAGCAGAUGGAAGAACACUUCCUCCUAUGGUUGUUUUGCCCUACAAAAGAUCGCCCAACUGGUUGAAAUCAGUCCAAAAUAAGAAGCCUGACUGGGUUUUUGGCAAGACUGAGAGUGGAUGGAUGCGGGGAGAAACUUUUCUUCAAUAUGUGAAAGAUGGUCUUAACCAGCAACAACAUCAUUUUAUAUGCACUUCCUCCAAACACUACUCAUAUCCUUCAACCGGCCGAUGUGGGUGCUUUCAAAGGUAUAAAAUCAGUAUUUUAAAUGAAUGGCGCAAACGUCCAGGUAGUCACGGCAGCACAAUGAACAAGGAGAGUUUUUGUGAUGUGCUAGAAGAGCUCCUAAAUUGCAAGGACAGGACUACCAUCAUACAAAAUGCCUUCAAGAAAUGUGGACUAUUUCCAUUCGACCCUAAUGCCGUAGACUACUCGAAAUGUAUACAAAAUGCCUUAGAAGCUUUACAUGCUACUGUUACCGAUCUUGGUGGUGAUGUUCGCGGUUCAAAUGUUGAAGUUCCUGCUGGUGUAUCUGGAGAGUGUUCUAGCGUUCAUUCUGGUGGCGAUGGGGAUUCUAAGGGCAAUCUUGAUGCAGAUCCUGGUGGUAUAUCUAUUCGCGGUUCUGAUAUUGAUGCUGGUGUUGGUAUUAUGGAUGUUGAUGUAUGUGGUGAUCUUGGUAACGGUGAUAACGAGGAAUUCGUGGUCAACUUCGAUUGCGAUAUAGGCCGCAUUGUGAACGUUGGUGGUGCUGGUAAAGAUAUCUCAAAUACAAGUUUCUUAGAAGCUGAAAGAGUGAUAUUGCACCUAAAAGAUGAUCUUGAAAGCAAAAAUAUCAACAGUCAAGUUGUGCUUGACGUUAUUCGCCAGGCCAAGCAAAACAUUUUUGGAGUUUCUGGGAUACCUGAAGACAUUGAAGGGACUUACGAAGUUGCUUGUGAUGGGACAUUAUUAAGAGUUCCUCAACCCAAUCUAGACAGUGCAUCCAUGCAAGAAAAAAUUCCACAGGAUUACGAAACAGUCAUAGAUACUAUGGAGCUGGAAAUAGUGAAUGAUAGUAUUUUGCAAGAAAUUCCUUCCCAAAUUAUUAGGGAAAAUACACUGACUAUGGAACCUCAUACUUCAAAAAGCGCUGAAAACACAUCCGUUUUUGAAAAGUAUCUUAAGUAUCCAAAACCUAUACAAAACUCCGUCAAAAGAUUUUUUAAGACUCAAAAACCACCUAUGUCAAUCUCAUCUCAUGCCUGGAAAGCGUUUCAAAAAAACAAAGAAGACGAAAAAAAAUGUAAAGCUGCCGAAGUCGAAAAAAGGAAGCUUGACCGACAAAUGAAAAGAGAAGGGAAGAAAAAAACUAAUAAGCGAAAAAAGACUGUUCCAAAAUGUCCUUCAUGUAAUGAAGAUGUCCUUACAGACGUGGAAGAAGAAGGACUGAAAAAUAUAGGCUGUGAUAGCUGUGAAAAUUGGUUUCAUCUACAAUGCACAAAUCUUUCAACCAUGCCAUUUGCAGAUGCUGAGCUACAAGACUUUACCUGUUUAAAAUGUGAUAAAAAACAUUAAUAAAUUGUUACUUUUAAGCAAUUUAUACAUUCUUAAGUGUAUUGAAAAAAUAAUAUUUACAUAUGUACCUAUAAUUUUUUGAUAAUUCAUAAUUAGCUUUAAACAACAUGUUCCUAACUGAAUUAAAUUUAAGGAUUUUUUUAUUUUAAUUUUUAAGCCUCAAAAAUGGAUUUAAUUAAUUUAACUUAUUUUUUUAUUUUUGUUCUAUUUAUUUUUUUGAAGAUAAAUUACUUUUUUUUAAGUUUUCUUUAUUAAAACGUUAUAAUAAAAAAUAUAAAACAAUUCAAGACUUUUGUUUAGUAGGUGGCCGAAAAUGGGACACCAGCUGGUCGGAAAUAGGAAACAAGGGGCCGGCCACUGGAAAAAUUACUUCUUUUUACAAAAAAUUAAAUAAAAUAUUUUUCGGUAAGAAAAUUUAUGUAUUUUUUUAUAUUAUCGAUGCAGAAAUCUAUAAAGAAUAAUUUAUUUCAAGAAUUAUUCGAAAAUGUUAAUAUUUGUUGCUACUGUGCUAUGUUAAAUGAGGAAAAAUCCUUAAGGGGCCGGCCACU